AUGGCAGCGCGCGCUCUUUUGUCAUCCCGUCUCGCCGGCCAUUACGGGCAGGAGGCGGUGAACUGCGGCCGCCGGGCGUUCAGCGCGGCGGCAGCGGCGGUGGCGCGGAAAGAGCCUGUCGAAGUGGCCGGCAAGGCAAGGCCGGCGGCAGCGGCGGAUAAAGCGGCGGCGGCAAAGGUGGAGGAGGAGGAGGAGUCCUUCUGGAUGAGGGACCCCAAGACGGGAUGCUGGAUGCCGGAGAACCACCUGCACGACGUCGACGCAGCCGACCUCCGGGCGCGGCUGCUCUUCUCCAAGAAAGAUUAA